ACUCUCUCACUUUCCCUCAAAAAAAGGAGAAAACCAACUCUCCCACUGCCUGCCGCCAUCCAUGGCCGCCACCCUCAUCCGCCUCUCCCGGCCCCGCCGCGCGCUCCUCCCGUUCUCCGCCCUCCGCGUCCCUCUCUCCACCCAGCCCCUCCCGCAACCCCGGGACCCGUCCUCCCCCAACUCCAGCCGCGGCCUUCCCGCCUUCCUCUCCUUCCUCGCCGCCGCAGCCGCAGCCGCAGCCGGAACCACCGCUUCCGCCGCUCUCUGCGAUGAUGCCGGCCCCGACCACCGGGUCGGUGGGAAAGACAGCACCGAGCUGGUGGUGCGUGGGGAGCGCAAGCGCGUGCCACAGGAGUUCAUGCAAGAGCUCGCAUCCUUCCUCGGGGACAACCUGACGGUGGAUUACGAGGAGAGGAGCUUCCACGGGAAGCCGCAGAGCAGCUUCCACAAGGCGGUCAACGUGCCCGACGUCGUCGUCUUCCCAAAGUCCCAGGAUGAGGUACGGAAGAUUGUGAUGAUUUGUAACAAGUACAAGGUGCCAAUUGUACCAUAUGGUGGGGCUACAUCAAUUGAGGGCCAUACGUUGGCACCUCAUGGUGGCGUUUGCGUUGACAUGUCUUCAAUGAAGAAAAUCAAAUCCCUGCAUGUUGAGGAUAUGGAUGUUGUAGUUGAACCAGGAGUUGGAUGGAUUGAGCUGAAUGAAUACCUGAAACCCCAUGGUCUCUUUUUCCCUCUUGACCCAGGACCUGGAGCCACUAUUGGUGGAAUGUGCGCUACACGAUGUUCUGGUUCAUUAGCCGUGAGGUAUGGAACUAUGCGGGACAAUGUGAUCAAUCUUCAGGUUGUUCUACCAGAUGGCGACGUUGUCAAGACCGGUUCUCGGGCUCGAAAGAGUGCAGCUGGAUAUGACCUAACUCGGUUGAUCAUUGGAAGUGAAGGGACUUUAGGGGUAAUUACAGAAGUGACUUUACGACUUCAAAAGCUCCCAUCUCGUUCCGUGGUUGCUAUGUGCAAUUUUCAAACUGUUAAGGAUGCUGCUGAUGUUGCUAUUGCAACAAUGCAUUCUGGCAUACAGGUCUCGAGAGUGGAAUUGUUGGAUGAGGUUCAGAUAAGGGCAAUAAACAUGGCAAAUGGUAAAAGCUUGCCUGAAGUGCCGACCUUGAUGUUUGAAUUCAUAGGGACAGAAGCAUAUGCACUUGAACAAACGUUGUUGGUUCAAAAGAUUGCUGCAGAGCACCAUGGUUCUGAUUUUGUUUUUGUGGAAGAGCCAAAUGCUAAAGAGGAACUGUGGAAGAUCAGGAAGGAGGCACUUUGGGCUGGUUUUGCCAUGGAACCUGAUCGUCAAGCUAUGAUAACGGACGUUUGUGUCCCAUUGUCUAGACUUGCAGAAUGCAUAUCUGUGUCUAAGCAACUACUUGAUGCGUCACCAUUGACUUGUUUGGUUAUCGCCCAUGCCGGUGACGGAAAUUUCCACACAUUUAUCCUAUUUGAUCCAAGCCAGGAGGAAGAGCAAAGGGAAGCAGAGAGACUAAACCAUCUCAUGGUUCAUACUGCUCUGUCCAUGGAAGGUACAUGCACAGGAGAGCAUGGUGUUGGCACGGGGAAAAUGAAGUACCUAGAGAAGGAGCUGGGGAUGGAGUCACUGAGGACGAUGAAAAGGAUAAAGGCCGCGCUGGAUCCCAACAACAUCAUGAAUCCAGGAAAGCUCAUCCCACCCCACGUCUGCAUAUGACCAACCCAGUGCCUGAUUCCAUGCCAGUGGGUUGGGUUAUUCAAGCUUUUUUUUAAGGAAUGUCUCAUGGCUCUUUAUUGCAAUAAGUUGAUGGUUACAUCGUUAAUUACAAGGGGCAUAAUAAACAUGGGUGGAUCACCAUCCCAGAAAACAGUAGAAGUUGAAUCAUAAGCAUAUGCCUAGCUAGACUAUGGGCCACCUUAUUUGCAUCCCUUGGACAAUGUUGGAAAGUGAUAUUACCUAUUCUCUGAGCGACCGCAAAACAUUCAGCCAUGACUACUGCAUAUGGGGUCAGAACCUCUGGCUCACCAUUACAGGUGAUAUUAUUUGAUCGAGUAUACCUUUCAGACGAAAUGAGAUCAUUUUUUAGAUAACCUUGUACAGAACAUUGUAUAAGCUGAUAGGUUGAUAUUGUGAAAUUUUCUUCAGACUGUCCACCUUGGCAAUAAGCACUAUGACGGUAUCAUUUCA